UGACCACCAUCCCAUCUGACCAGGGAUGCACUUAAGCCGCCGAGUCCCACGUGAGCAACACAUACCAUACAAUUUAGAGAGCAAGUAAAAAUGAAAUCGACGGUACCUACCUACGAACUAUGCGUACCCGCACUUCGAAAAGCGAUGCAAAACCAUCUGGAGGUUUUGAGGAAGGCUGAGGCAUGGUGCGACAAAAACGGGUAUCCGCACUCGAAAGCCUUGGGGGCUAGACUCGCUCCAGAUAUGCAUGUACGUAUCGCGUCGACUUGUCACCUAGAGAACAGAACAUAAAGUUAAUGAUGCUUCAACUACAGCCUCUCGCGCUUCAAAUCUUUUUCCAGGUUACCACCGCUACAAGGGCACUCCAGCGCCUUGCCGGCAUGGAAGUACCCACGUUCAAGUUCGACGCAGCCUCUUUCCAGGAUUUGUACACGCAAAUCGAUCAGGCCUUGGAAUGUUUCGAGAAGGCACGCCCGGAGGCAUUCGAGGGAAAGGAGGAUAUGCCCGUGGUUAUCGACGUACCCAACAUGUGGCAUUUCGAUCUGAACGGCUUGACGUAUUUGCAGGAGUUUGUUCUCCCAAAUUUGUAAGUGCUCUCAUGGAUUUCUCCACGUCUAGCCGGUAUACUGAUAUAGCCCUCGUUUUGACAGCUUCUUUCACAAUGUGACGGCUUAUGGCAUCUUGCGGAAUCUUGGGGUACCGAUUGGGAAGAUGCAUUAUCUUUCGGGUGAAGACCGACUCAUUGGGGCUUGAUGGCACAUUAUCAAGAUCAGGAGGAUGUUGUGGAAGGCGUUGUAGAACUAGAAAAGGUCAAACAUGAGCUAUUCACAAUAAAUGCUGUCAAGAGGCGUGAAAAGGAAUAGACGAGUUUU